UCGACGUGUGCAGAAGUCCUCACAGUCCGGGGCCUGUGUCCCUGUAGCAGCUCCCUAUAGCUGGAGAAGGAGAAAAGUGCCUGGAUCCUUUCAGAACUCUUGAUCUUUGGGGAGCAACACAAAUCGAGUGAGGAAACAGGGAGGAAAGUACCCCCCGGAUCCGUUCAGGAUUUAUUCAAAAAGGCAAUAAAGAACAAUACUCAACAUGCAAAAGUCUUGUGAAGAAAGUGAAGGAAAACCACAGACCAUGCCAAAGACGGAGGAGGAAGACCACCCUUCGGAAGAUGUACCCCAGGAUGCAGAUGGACAUCCUCAACCUUCUGAAGACGGUGCAAACCAGGAAGCAGAAAGAAGCCCUGGAGGAGGGCUGACUCCACCUGGCCAGGGAUUUAAAGAGGACACCCCUGUUAGGCAUUUGGACCCUGAAGAAAUGAUUAGAGGAGUAGAUGAGUUGGAAAGGCUUAGGGAAGAGAUAAGAAGAGUAAGAAACAAGUUUGUGAUGAUGCAUUGGAAGCAAAGACAUUCACGCAGUCGUCCUUAUCCUGUGUGCUUUAGGCCUUGAAUUUUUAUUUUUGUCUGAUAUUAAAAUCUAGCCCCUGCUUUCUUUCUCUUAGCAUUUUCUGAUGUAUCUUUGACCUUCGUUUUACUUUUAAUCAUCUGGUGGAAUUUGGCUUUAGGCAGUGUCCUUGUUACCAGCAUCUCAUAGGAUUUUGGAUUUUGACCAAAUCCAGGUCUAUUUUUCAGUUGGGAAGUUUGACGCAUAUGCAUGAAAAUAUGUUCAUUCCAUUUUGUGAAGUCAAACAGAACAGGUUACAGAGUAACAGAUUUAGCAUCAGUUCACGUAUGUAGGAUAAAACCCCAAAUACUGUGUAUGUGUGCGUAGGUGUGUACGCAUACAUACAUACAUCAAACAUUUAACUGUUUAUUUCUGUGUGGUAUGAGUUGUUUGUUUUUAUUUUUGGUUUUUUUUUUUGGUUAUAUGUCUUUUUUUUUAAUGAGCACAUGUCACACACAAAAGGAAUUAAAGACUUUUUAUAAGAAUCAAAUUGCAACCAGCUUGUAAGGGCAGUGGGGCACCUAAACUCAAGCUAUUAAGAAAUGUAAACCUCAAGUUACCUCUGCACUUCUAGCUGGAGGAAUAAAACUGGCAAUUAUUACAGAUG